GUGUGUGUGUGUGUGUGUGUGUGUGUGUGUGUGUGUGUGUGUGUGUGUAGUCAUGAGCUGGGGGAUUAUAUUCCAGCCCAGGUGUUUAGCAGACAAGGACCUCAGCAGUGGAUGCACCUGCUUACGCAACACACACACGCUGUCCAGAGCCUCCGCCCUCAUCAUGCCAGAUCACAGUUCCUGGGAUUGGUGUCUGCAUUCCCCAUGUUUGGCUCGUCCUUCUUCUAUAUCCUGAGUACUAACAACAGCACAAUCUCCACCCCCUGCAUCCUGGCUGUCAAUCAAAAUGGCCUCCACUUUCUGCACAAAGACACACACGAGGUUUUAGUGAAGUUUCCUUUAAAGCUUGUUCAGUCGGUGCGCACACAGCGACCCGGUGCAGGGAAGAGUUCCCCUUAUGUGGACAUCGUGCUGAAGGACACGAGCAGCUACAGAACGACACAACUACAGCUGGAACAGGGACUGGAGCUUUGUCGUGUGGUUGCCAUACACGUCGAAAAUCUGCUGCUGUGUCAAGAGAAAAGACUCACACUUCCUCCGAGUGAAAUCACACUCCUAUAACACGUGGCCAAUUCUGCCAUCCCAUAAUACCUGCACUCACUAUAGCAACGUGGUGCAGUGAACAGGACAACAGUAACAGCUCCAGUACAGAAGACUGAAGGUGAAUCCGAUUCCUUCAGAGCUGAAAAGAACACAAGGGACUUGAACACAGACCUGUGAGAAUUUUGUAUACGUGUGUAUACGGCAUUUUGUAGACGCCAUGUCUGCGAUUGUGACUGUGUGAUUCUUAUUGUGUUUACACACACACACACACACACACACACACACACACACACACACACACACACAC